CGCUCUCUGGUGUGAUACACAACUUCCGGUUAAAAAUGAAAGUUUUAAAACUUUUGAUCCGUUUCGAUUAUUCGACUAAUCUGAGUUAACAUAUUAUAUUGUAGACCUAAGUAUGAUGUGCAGUUAGGGACAACAGGAGGGUUGGAGGAUGUCUGAUUCCAUAACAAGUGACUCAAGCAUCCAAGAAGACAUUCCUGACAACCACCAAUCAGCAAGAAGUGAGAACUACCUGAGUAGUUACUACCAGGAGAGUUUUGAGUCAGCAUCCACACUUAGCAUCAGCAGCAGAUUCAACAGUCAGCAGAGUGAUUCAAGCUACAGUCAGGGAGACUUUGAGACAGGGGAUGAAACUUCACUUUCAAUAGAAGAUGACUUUAUCCAAAUGAAAUUAAAACUUUUGAAAAAGAAAGCAAAAACUGAUGACUAUCAUGGCAUUGUAAGUGAUAUGAAAAACAAUGGACUUCAAAGAGCAGCGUGUGAAAAUAUGUCUGAUAUCCCAGAAGCAAGAGACUUCAUUGAAACCAAACUGACCUCAUUGAAGCAAC